GCCUGUUCCGGAGGCAUGAGGCGCCAUCCGUCACAACCCGACUAGGUCGUGUUAAGAGACCUCCAUCCCACGCCGCCUAGCGUGUUUCGGAAGCUACCUUACCCAGCUGGUGCUUCCUGGGCUGCCAAGUACUUCCGUCUCUGUUGGGGAGGGAUGAGUCAGUUAACAAGAUGCCUACACCCGGAAUCGAAGGGCCCUCCUAGGCAGCUUCCGGCUUCCAUUCGCUGCUGUAUUGUACUGUACACCUGGGAUGGGCCAUAUGGCACAUUGGUGCUACAGACCUGGAAGGGGAGCCUUAGCCAUCUGAUCUCAGAUCUGAUGGAAGAUUUCGGGGUCGUUUCCUCAGCAUCCCUUUAUCAAAUCAUACCCAUGUUCCCGAAAAAAAACCUCAGGCCUGGGACCUCGGCGCAACCGGCCAGCGGGAACCUUAUUGCCCCUCUCUUACCCAGCCCAGCGAGCUGGGAUGACACAGUAGCUCAAGCUCAUUCCAGAGGAGCUCUGGGCACAUGGCGUGAAUGGCUCGCAUUCUCCAGCCGAAGACCCGGAUUGGUGGGCGACAAGCGGGAACGUGUCUCUUUCCUGGGCUCGGUGUCUCUUCGCAUAUCUGGGGUCCCCGCAAUCCAGCAAAUCCAAGCAACGACUGCUAUCGGAACUCACACUUGAACCACGAGCCACCGAGUUGGGCACCAAGCACGCAGACCUUGUGUUCCCGCACCUCUGGCCGAUGCGCACGGCAAUUGGGUACAGAAGAGUGCCCAACAUGGCUUCGCGGACCGCAAUGAUACCGAGAAGCGGCAGCUACUACUUGUCGCAAAGCCAGGUUUUGGUGUCAAGUAUGCCAGUAAAAUCCUGCCAGUUCGGCACGAGCCGCCGUGGAAGUCGCCCAGAGGAACGUAUUUCGCGCACUCGACAUCCUCCACAACCCGCGGCAUUCCCAAAGAGGGAAGG